UGGGUCCUUAAGCUGGACAUCGUCUGGACGAUCCUGAAACACUGAUCACUUCCUUCCGUCUCAUUACUCCUCCUGCAUGCUGUUCAAGCAUGCUGUCUGUCAGGAUGCUAAGCUUCUUCAUACUCAUCUUUUCACUUUGUGAUGCUGACAGCAUAUGCAGACCAGAGCACAACCCUCUUACUCUGAGUCCACCUAAGAUCAUAGAAGAAUAUGGAGGAAAUCCUGUCACUGUAAACUGCACCACAGCAUUGACUGAACAUAAAGGGAUGUACUUUACAGUUGGAAAUGAAACCUCUCGCAUCAUAGAAGAAGAAAUGUCUAUCUCCCAGUCAGUGUCACUGUCAGAUUGGAAUGUGAAGAUCAAGUGCAAAGUAAAACUAAAUGAGUCUCGUGAAUGCAGUGAGGACCUUCAAGUUAUUACAUUCAAGAAUCCAGAAGUUGUUCAUUCUGCACGGCUUGUGAAUGUGAUGGGAGAAGAAACACAGUACAGACUGCAGUGUGACAUCAUCAAUGUUGCACCUGUUCAGUACCUCACUGUUACCUGGUACAAAAACAGUGAAAAAAUCCAGACAGAAUCUUUCAGUGGCACAACCAAAACACCAGUAAAUGAGUCCUCUAUCCUAAUGGUCAACAUCAGCAGAGAAGAAAAUGUAGUGGAGUUCAGAUGUGAAGCUCAGCUGAAUUUUGAACGACAAGAACAAAAAACUCCUCCCAUUUCUCAAACACAAAAGGUUUCAGCACACUACGCUCCAGAACUAAACACAGAGAGUACUAAAGUCAUCUCUUCACUUAAGGGUAAUAAUAUCGCUUUGAGCUGUGAAGCUGAGGGAAACCCUCCUCCUCUCUAUAACUGGACAUGUGAUGGGAAGAUUACGUUGGGGAAUGCAAACAGUCUCAAUAUCACCGAAAUAAAGCACAACACAACUUGCACUUGCACAGCUACCAAUUAUCUGGGAAACAUAAGUAAAACAAUCCAUGUUCAUGUGAAUCAAAGAGCAGGUUGCCCUUUAACACUGACACCUUCUGAAACUGUUGUGCAAUUUGGAGAUCCAGUUUCAAUCAACUGCAGCACAUCAGCCACAGAUGUUGAAGGAAUGGGCUGGGAGACUCCAUUUGGAGGCACAGGAUUUGAGCCUCCUCCUGUUGUCACUUGGAGGGUUGAAAAACUAGAAGAGUGGACUCCAAGUCCUUUCUGCUAUGGUACUCUGGGUGAUGGAUCCCAGUGUACUGUGAGUCCAGUCAUCACUGUUUAUAAAACUCCAGAUUUUGUGUCAGUGUCUGACAUGGGUCAUGGUCCGAUGGUGGAGGGCAGAGAGUAUGAUCUGAAAUGUGAUGUCAUCAAUGUGACUUCCGUGCAGAAUCUCACAGUGACGUGGUACAGAGGCAAUAAAACUGUGCUCACACAGACAUUUAAUGACUCCACUAUGACUCCAGUAAAUGCAUCUUCUACCCUGAGAAUCUCCACUCAGAGAGAUUACAAUGGAUUAACUUUUAGAUGUGAGGCUGAGAUGCACCUCGGACCCAAAGGACCAAAGUUCCUCCCUAAUACAUCCUCACCACCUUACACUGCUGUUGUUCUUUAUAAACCAUUCAUAAAAGCUUGUCCAGACCACGUCCCUGUUGUUGAAAGUGCUGCCUUCAGCAUUGACAUGUUAUCCUGUGAGCCUGAUGGGAACCCUCCUCCCACUGUUCAGUGGUUCUAUGAGGAGAAACUCAUUAAUCCAUCUAAGUCACUGACCAGGACUGACUCAGGAAAGUACACGGCUGUAGUUGAAAACAGUCUUGGCAGAAGCAACAUCUCAGUUCAUAUCACAGUGGAAUACAGUCCUUCUUUCAACUGCAAAGAGCACUAUGAGAUCACAGUGAAUGAUAGUAUGUGUGAACCAGUAGGAUUACCUACACCCACCCUCACCUGGUUUAAAGAUGGCAAACAGGUGGCUUCCCCGCAUCACUGGAAAAAGAAUGAUAGUGGAAAAUACUUGCUUAAUGCACACAACACACAUGGAACAGCUGAACACACACUGUAUCUUGACAUUUUGUAUGCCCCUGAAUUCAAGGAAGGAAAUGAAAGCAAGGAGGUGCUGCAGGGUGAGGAUGUUACUUUAAGCUGUAGUGCUGACGGUAACCCACCCUCAAACAUCACCUGGAUCUACACAGCUGCUGUGAAUUCAAACGUGACCACUGAGGGGCGCCAGAAGAUAAUCACUAUCACUAGAGCCACGUCUACCAAUGCUGGUUAUUACAUUUGUGUUGCAGAGAAUAAAGUUGGGAGAAAUAAAAGAUUCAUCACACUGAUGAUAACAGGUAAAAGCAGUAAAGUCCCAUUUCCAAUCAUUUGGGCAUUACUCACUCUAUUGAUCAUCAUUCUGAUUCUUCUUGUGGUCUGUUGUCGCAAUUGCCAAAAAAAACGUGGACAUUACAGUUUUUUUCCUGUCAAAGUGCCAAAUGUCUCAGAUAUCCCUUUGACUACUGCACAAGCCAAUGGAAAAGCUUAGGAUUUUUAACGAAUUCUGUUCUGCAUAUCAAAUGUUGCCCCCUGGCCUGGUGGGUUUCAGGGAAGGACGUGAUCCAAAAUCCUGCAACUGUUUAUUAAAAUACAGAAGAAUCAUGAGCUUGUUUACAGCUUUGAUCGCAGGAUUUAUUCUACUUCCUUAAACAAAGAGAGGCAAACUCAAUCUAUUUCUAUGAUGACCAGCAUCUCUUUGAAAGGUAUGGCACGACAGAUGUUAAUACAUUGCCAAGAAGUGCAUGAAUAACCCUGGUAUCAUUACAUGAGAACUGAAGCACAAUAGAGUGACUCAUGUCCAUGAAUGUUCUUCUUUAGUUGUACUUGAACUACACAGUGACCAUUGUAACAAUAUCUCAACAUUUGUUCACAUUAGCCAUGGUAAACCAGUAUUUGUUCAGGUUACCCAAAUAUACCUCUUGCAUCACCAAAUACAAUAUAUUAUAAACUCAAAGCAAGCAACUAAUAAAUAAGCCUCAAUACAAAGCCUAUUCAUUAAAAAAUUUGUAGGCCUACAUUACUUUUUGCAUCCCCUCUUAUCUCAAAAACACAUUAAAAUUUAAAGUCCAAUUAAUUUAUUGUCCAAAUACAAUUUGUAUUUCUUUAGCAUAGCUAAUGCACUUGAAGUACACUUUGCCUGCUAGCAAAAGGUCUGUUGGCCUACUAUGACGAUAUAAAAGUGACAAUGUCACUUUAAGAACAGUACUUCCACAUUUCUCAUUUUCCAGAGUUAUAUUUCACUUUAACAGGUUCACAACAGUCUUAUUAUUUCUGCUGUGUUACAUACAAGCCAUUUUAAG